UGACAUAAUCAAGGUUGUGUUUGUAUUUUCAAUGUCAGCGAAACUGUGUCAUUGCCGUUUAUUCUGCUGGUACUUUUUCUGAUUAAGGUUUCCAAUGGCUUCCCCAAGUUUAGUUAGUUGGUAUCCAAAAAAGGACCAGCAAAAAUGCGGCUACUGCAAAAGUCCUUCUGGCAGCAUAAUGUUUGGUAUGUGGGCACACAGUUUGAAAGUUGAGGAGUACCAGAAUUUGAUAGACAGAGGGUGGAGAAGAUCUGGCCAUUACUGUUAUAAACCUGUCAUGGACGAAACUUGUUGUCCGUUAUAUACGAUAAGGUGUCGUUCAUUAGAAUUUCAACCUACCAAAUCACAAAAGAAAGUGAUGAAAAAACUGAACAGAUUUUUGAAAACUGGAAUUCUUAAAGAAAGGGAAAAAAAGGAACCUGAGAAUGAGACCGAGGAAGGCUGUGAAGAACGAAUUAUAAAUGAUAGGGAGUGUCCAAAGAUAUCUGAUAAUAUUGAAGAAAUAAUCAAAGAGAGGGAUUCCAAAGAAAAAAAUACUGAUCAAGAAAACCAAGAUAAAACAGAUGAAAACCAAACAAUAUCCGGAGUUUUACAGAACAACACAGAUAUCAAUGUUGCACAAUCUGAUACUAACCCAACCUUCAAACAGAGGGCUGUCAAAACAGGCCUUGGCCCAGAUCCGAACAGACCACCAUGCAAAAAGGCAAAAAUUUUAAGACAGGAAAAAAAAAUAAAGAAGUUGGGAAGCCCCUGUCAGAACAUAGCACCCCAACCUUCAAAAUCUGAGGGUAAAAGCCUAGAGGAAUUCUUAAACGAUUUUGGGGACGACGACAAACAUAAAUUAACUUUGAAAUUGAUAGAUCCCACCAACUCCCCUAAUGAGUGGAAGAAAUACGAAAGGUUGGAGUUCGACUUGUACAGAAAGUACCAGAAUAUCAUACACAAUGAUCCACCCCAUAAGAACAGCUUGGAAGGCUUUUUAAGGUUCUUGGUUAAGACACCUCUGAAGCGCCAGGUGCAUCCUGAUCACAAGGGCAAUCCCAGAGUACCUGCAUUUGGUUCUUACCACCAACAGUAUUGGCUUGACGAUAAGUUGAUUGCAGUCGGUGUCAUCGACAUUUUGCCAAAGUGUGUGAGCGCUGUUUAUUUUUUUUAUGAUCCUGAUUACAGGGAGUUGACUUUAGGCACGUAUGGCGCUCUAAAAGAAGUCCAGUUUGCGAGGGAGCUGUACCCUACCCUAGGAAUCCCCUACUAUUACAUGGGCUUUUACGUGCACUCCUGCAGAAAAAUGAGGUACAAGGGUAACUUACACCCUUCCGAUCUCCUAUGCCCCGAAACUUGCCAUUGGUGCCCCAUAGAAAAAUGUGUGGAUCGACUGGAUAAAACCAAAUAUUGUAGAUUCAAUGAAGAUCAGUCGGCAAGUGACCCUGAAGAGUGCACUCGUGAAGAUUUAGAUUCGUUAAAGAUAAUUGCAGGGAAUAUGCUUUUGAGCUAUAAGACAUUCAAGAGAACUUUAGAUAGUGAGGAGGAGUUUAAGAUUAUGGGUGACUUGAUAGGAAAGAAGACAGUGAAAAGUUUGGUAUUGAUAGUAGAUUAAACGGCAAUAAUAAAUAUUACGCUGACCAAACAGAAUUUGCUAAUACUUUAAUCGUGUAUACUUUAUUUUUAAUCCAAUAUUAUAUUAUAUAUUAGAAUAAGUGUUAUUGAAUUUGAAAAAAGUGUAGGUGAUAUGGUUCAUCCUUUGAAAGGAAGACUUUUCAUUUUAAUUUUGGAACCUUCUAACAGAUCCCUCAUAUGUAUUGUUUUAUAUGAAAUUUUGUAUAAUGCAAAAAAAUUUUGUUUCAUUUGUAAUCCACUU